AAAUUUUUUUGGUAAAAUAAAAUUGAAAGUAUUAAUUAAUAUAUAAAUUAAAAGCAAUUUAGGAUAUCAAAUAGUAAGAAAGUAGCUUUUAAAAAUAUUUAAAACUAAAGCAGAUAAAUCUUACAAGCAGUCAAUCAUAGGUAGUAUCUAAUUAACUAUAUAAGUAAAGAAAACAAUUCAUAGAAUAAUAACAAAAUAACUAUCAUAUUUAGAUUUUUUUCAAAAAUGAACAGUGGAUUUGAUUAAGGUUAAAGAUUUUAAGCAUAAUAUGGUAGAAAUAAUAGGAAUAAAGGUGCAUAUUACAACUAAGGAUAAACAAAUGAAUAAUAAUACAAUUAAGGAAAUUAAAGAUAUAAUAAUUCUCCUACAAAAUAGGGUCAAUAAUAAAAUAAAUUCAAUUCUCAAAAUUUUAACAAUAAUUAUAAUUAAACAAAUUAUAAUGAAAGAGGAAUUUCACAAAAUAGAAAUUUUAAAGAUCCAAAUUAAAAAUUUAACUAGGGAGGAUAAAGAAAUUAAAGACAGCAAAAUUAAGGAUUUGAUAAUUAGCAAAAUAGUAGAUCAAGAAGCUCAAAUUAAAGAAACUAAGGUAAUGGUAUUGAUAGAGAUUGGCAAUAAUCAAAAGUAUAAUAGAGAUCUUCAAAUUUUGUUAAUGAUAACAAUUAUGGUUCCAAUAAUUAGUAAAAAUAAAAUUAUAAUAGAAACCAACAAAACAGAUAAGAAAGCUUUGCUACCAACAAUGCUAACAAUAAUUUUAAUUAGAAUAAGAAAUUUCAAUAAAACUUUAAAAAUAAUUAAUUUGCCAACAUGAAGGGUAUUGCUUACAGACCUCCUCCAUAGCCCGUUAGGAGUUAGAAUGUAGUUAACCAAACAAAUAAACCUAAAAAUAAUGCCUAAAAAAAGCCAUAUGUAAACAAAUAGAUGAAAAAUUUUAUUAAUGAUAAAGAAGUAGAUUCGCAGCACGAUUCUUCAAAUUAAGAAGAAGAUAUUGAUGAAUAGGAAGAUGAAUAUACUGAAUCAUAGGAUGUAAAGGAAGACUAUGAAUAAAGCGAAGAUGAUUAAGAAGGAAAGAGUUAUGACAGCCAAUCUAAUGAUUAAUAAGAUGAAAAUGAUGAUAAUGAAGAUGAAUAAGAAGCUAAUGAAGACGAGGAUGAAGAUAGCUACCAAAAUAAUUAGGAUGAAGAUGAGGAUGGAAGUUAAGAUAUUGAUAAUCCAUCUGAGAGUGAUAAUUAAGAAAGUAGUGGAUAUGAUGAAGUUAAGCAUAACUAAAGAAAAGGACCAGUUAGAGAACUUGUAAUUAGAAGAGCUGGUAUGCAAUAAGAGUUUGUAGCAGACAGUAGUAGUUAAUAGAUUGUGACUUAAAAUUUUGCUUUAACUAAUUCAGAUGGAGAUUAAAUGACCAUAGCUGAGUAAGCUAAAAAUCUAAGUUCUAUGUGCCAUGAAUCAAUAGAUGAUGCUUCUUGGGAAUGGCACUUAAUGAAUAGACCUUAAGCAUUUGCAUUCUUUGAAAAAAAUAAAAAAGGCCAACCUCAAAAAAACCUUGCUAUGAAAGUUUAUUACAGGAGUGCUGCAGCAAAAGAACUUGUCAUGAGUAAUAUUCUAAGUCCAAUAGGAAUUAAAAAAAGUGCAGAUAGAAUGAUAAAUGAAAUUUUAGACUACUUUUUGUAGCCAAAAAUAAAUGUAAAGGAGCUUGUAGAUAAAUUUACUGAUCGUUUAAGAACUUUAAUAGCAGAACUUGAACCUCUUUCUCAGCAUCUCUCACUUUAUAAUUCAACAAAGAUGAUGAUAGAAAUCAAAGAAUUACUCCUUGUUGUAAACUUAGCUGGUAUAAAUUAUUUCAGAAAAUAAUCAUGUUUGAAAGAUUACGAACUUGAAAAUGGCUAUAACGAGAAAAAACUUUUUGAAUAAGUUUAAACUCUUUCUGAUAAUUUAAUUAUGACUUACGAAUAAAACAUAGUUAAAAUAUAGAGCAUAAUAGAAAAAAGCAAAAAUGUAGAUAUGCAAACUCUCAAAAAGCAAAUUUUAUAAAAUGAAAGUAUUUACCUCUCUCCACUGAUUCCAAAAGUUAUUUCUUGGAGAUUAUUGCUUAGGUUAGAUGAUCUUACAAGUUUACAUAAAAUGGAUGAUUUAUUAAACAUAGCUUAUGAUUCUUUAAUUAUCGAUGAAUCUUUUUGUGCAAUUUUUGAGUUAAUUACAUGGCUUACUAAAAAGAAUUAUUUUAAAUAUUUUGAAAUGCUUAAUAAAGAUAAAAGAAUUGAUUAUUUAUCUGCUAAUGCUUGCUUGCUUCGAUUAUCUAAUGUAAGACUUAGCUAUAUUAUAUAGGAAAAGUUUAUUACUAGAUAUACUCUUUAAAACUUGCAAUUUGAUUUGGAUAGUCAAUAUGAUAAAGACUCAGCUUAGCACUUCUUAGGGAAGUUGGGUUGCGAUGUUGAAAAUAUUGAUGAUCUUGAUAAAGUUAAAAUUGAUCCAAAUAGAUCUUAUCUUAUAUCUUUAGCAUAGUUGUAUUGGCCUAACUUUUAUGAAAAGAUUGAGUGGAGAAAACCAAAUAGUUUUAAAGAUACAAUAAGAAAAAUUUUAGGAGACUCAGAUAUGAAUAGAUUCCCAGAAAUUUUAGUAGAAAAUAUGAUCAAGAAAGAUCGUAAAAUCCAAAUAGUAACAUAGUAACCUCCUGUCAAAUAAGUUGUAAGCAUAAGAGAACCCUAAAUUUAGCCAUAACCCAAAGAAGAUAAAAAGAAAAUACCUGUACUCAAUUUGCCUAUUAAUAAAUAUAAACCAAACAUUGUUGUAUAAGAAGUAGAAAAAAUAGAAGAAUAAAAAUAGAAAGUUUAAUUUAAUAAUGAAUAAUUAUAAAGACAAAUUUCUGCUGAAGAAGAGAAAAAAGCUAAAGAAGAAUAAAUGAGAAAUAAACUAAUACAACGAUGGGAAAAACUAAUCAAGAGUAAAUAAAGUUAGAUUGUAAAUGAAUUGAUUCAAAUCGUAGAAUACAACAACUAACUAGAAUUUUAAGAAUCUUAUUUAUGUUUAAAGUUCUUUUAAAAGUGGAAGAAUUAUUAUAAAUACGAAAAGUACAAGAAUUAGCAAAUAAUUUGUCAUGGUAUCAACAACCCUCCAAUUGUUAUUAAAAAGAGCACUGUUUUUAGCAAACCAGCUCCUAUGGAAAUAGAAUAAGAUAAAAAGCACUAGCAAAAAGAUUAAAAUGCAUUUUACCAAAAUUUCUUAAAAGCAUUUAACGAGAAAGAAAAAUAAAUCGGUCAAGAAACACACAAUUUCUUAGAUAUGAUAUCAAUUAACUUUUUAAAAGAAAAGAAUAAAAUGUUCACUCACUUUUAUUAUAAAAUUACAAUAAUUUCAGAUGAAUAGAAUCCAUUAAUUGAGAAUAUGGUUAGUAGUCUUUCAAAUUAUCUGUCAUAAGGUAAAAACACAGAUUGUUCAUUUUCAAUCACUAUCUAAAUUGAAGAUAUUACUAUUGAGUACACUCUUUAGCUUUAAAUGGCUAAAUAUUUAGACAGAAUUAAUACAAAGCAAUUAAGCGGAACAGAUCUAUUUAUUUAUAUUUUCACUGAAUAAGACGAUGAACUAAACUAAUAAUACUACAGACACUUUAAAAAACAUUUAGAAGCUUUGAGUAAAAAUAAAUUUUCGCUAGGAUUUAAUUUACUCUUUUUAAGUGUCAAUGAAUUUUCAAAACUAAAUCAAUCAAAUUUUAGUACUAAAUAAUAUGAAUUUGCUGCUUCUAGCAGCAGUAAUAAGCUAAGUAAUCAUUUGUUUGAAUCACCUUCAUAAGGACUAUAUCUUUAGAAUAUGAAUAGAAGUAUGUCAUCUCAUACAGCUUACUAAAUGAUGCUAGACAUGAACUAUACUAAUCCUGAAGUUUAAGAUAGUGAAGGAUUUGUUCGUAGUGCUAUAAAAUACCUUAAUAAAAGAUUUGACUUGAAAAAAGAUGUUGAAUAAAACUCAAUUUAUUAAUAUUACAAUGUUAUAUCAUAUACUUAUGAAAAUAUUAAUGGAAAGUGCAUUAACAAAGAUCCUUUUUCUGAUAGAAUAUUUAAGGCUAGUAUUGACUCAGCAAUUGAAAAGAGCAUUCACGUUAAAUCUCCUUUUGGAAAAAUAACCUUCACCUCUUUGAGUAUUGAAUUGUAAAAAAUUAGAUAAAUUCUUGCAUUCGGAAAAGAUGUAAAUUACUCUUCGUCAUCAAAGCAAAUACCUGGACUUCCUCCUCUUCCACCAAAUAGUAGUGGACGUAAUUUAUACAAACAGCUCAAAGAAUUUUUGAUAAGAGAAUAAGUCUUAGAUGUCAAAAAAUACCCAGAUAUGAAGAACUACUUUUAUUUCAAGUACCUAUUCAAUAAUACCAUUUAUUAGUUAUUCGAAAACUUUUUAAGUAUUAUGGAAUAAUCCCACUUAAUUCCAUUUGAUUAGCUAAAUGAAUUUUAGCAAAAUUAAUUAAUUCUCCUGGAAUAAACUUUGGAAAUUGUGAAGGAACAACUAGAUAAAAUUUUCAUUAGAGAUUCUAACAAAUCAUUAAAGUAGUACAUUAGAAAAAAUUAUUUUACAAGUUUCACCUAUGAAAACGUGGUUUAAACUGUUGAUUCGUAUUACAAAAACCUUUUGGAAAUAUCAUCUGAAUUUGAUUCAGAUUUUGAUAACGAAACUACUGUGGACUCAAUAGACUCUAAUUAAGAUGCCUACCAAAGCUUAGUUAAUGAGAUGGUUGAAGUUAUUAAAAACAACUUCAAUUUUUCAUAAAAAACUGAUAAUGGAGUAGUAGGAAAUUGGUAAGCAGUGUUUAUAAAAUUAUUAGAUCAACUCAUUUCAAUAUUCUAAGAAAAUGAUAUCCCGAUGUUUUUAAGUUAGAACUUUUAAUUUAAAUUUGAUUGUAAACUAAUAAAGAAAAAUAUUUAAGAAGAGUAUUAAAAGUUGUGUCAAUGGUUGAAAGAUCUUAAGUAAACUAACGAAUCAUACUUAAAUCAAACUACUCAAAUUAUUGGAGAUUAUAAUCAAUUUGAAAACUAAAAAGGUAAUCCAAACAAGAAGCUUAAAAAAGAGUAUGAUUAAAAUUAAUCUACAUUCAACGAUUAGCAAUAUGUAGUUAGAUUGUACAGUGAAAUAAUUUAAUAUAAUUAAGAACAUCUGCUUAAUAAAUCUUAUUAAAAAACUUUAGAAAAAGAGGACUAUCAAAAUUAAUAAGCACAAGGCAAGAUAGAUUAAUUAAAAUAAUCUAAGCAAAAAAAUGAAGUUAAAAAUCUUAAUGAAUAUCAAAAUUAAUAAAUUAAAAAUGAUAAGCUUCAAAAUUAGGUUUUGAAAAACGAAAAAUAAUCAUCUCUAUCUUAUAGUCAAUCUGAUUAUUCCUCACCAAAUUCAGGAGAUGAAGAAAUUGAAGAAAUAUCUUCAGAAUCUUAAGAAUGCAAGCAAAACUAGAUGUAAAGCGAAAGUAAUAGCGAGAGUGAUUUCAGCGAAGAAGAAAAACCUAUUUAAAAUAAAAACCUUAAUAAAAGAAGGACGGCUUGCUUAGUUCCCAAUAAAAAAGAUGAAAUUAAUGAUGAAGUUUAGUAUGGAGAAAAAAUAAAGAAAUUAAUGAGAGGAGAAAUUGAAAAUUCUCCAACUCAUUUAGAUGAUUCUUUUGUUUGA